AGCGAAUUAUGGAGAAAUUGAUCUAUUACCAGCAGGCUAUAUGAGCUGUGAUGAGAUGGGCUGCUUCAUUCAGGAUGUGGGUGACAGCUUGUGUGCUGGUGUGUGGGGUGUUGUGGGCCGCGGCGGAUCCUAUCCCGCGGCCAGAAACCAGACUACCCCUCGCAGCCGCUGCUGACCUGAGUUCCCGUCUGGCAGCCCACACCCAGCAUGUCCAGAACAUACCGGACCCAAGGCUACCGGUACCAACUCCGCAGGACAUAGAGGCUAUAAAGAAAGUGGCUCAGAUUCUUAUCACCCUCGGUCAACAGGUCAUCCCGGCCAUCGUAGGUGAACCCACAGCUCCAUCGCCGAUGAACUGCGAUCCCCCGGAGGAUGCCGUGGAUGACAGCCCAUAGCUGACGGCUACACUGCUGGAGACUGGACGGACACUAAGGGUUAGUUCACAGCGAGAUGAGACGUUGCGAGAACUUGUAAUGUUAUAGUUGUGUAUAAAAUCUACAUACAUACAUAUAGUCACGUCUAUAUCCCUUACGGGGUAGACAGAGAAAAUAGUCACGAAAAGACUGAAUGGCCACGUUCAGCUGCUCGGCUUAAUGAUGGAAUUGAGAUCCAAUUAGUGACAGGUUGCUAGCCCAUCGCCUAAGUAAAGGAUCGCCAUUUUUUAAGCCUAUCCCUUAGUCGCCUCUUACGACCUCCAUGGGAAAGAGAUGGAGUGGUCCUAUUCUUUUUUUUGUAUUGGUGCCGGGAACCACACGGCACUAAUAAAAUCAACACAAAAAAAUAAUAGUU